AGAACCAUUUUAUGGCUUCAGGUUUGCGUAGAGAUUCAAGAUUGCCCUGUCCAGUUGGCCAAAGGCCUUUUGCCCACUGUCAAUCAUGGCUGAGUUGCCGCUCACCUUGAACACGACAAUCGAUUUGGCGAGCCAGGGCAUCAAUGCUCAGGCAUUCAAAUUCAACAGUUUGACCAUGGAGUCAGACAAGUACAUCAGCAUCAAAGAUACGGCUCCUGAUGGGACUGCUCAGGUGGUUGUGGUGGAUAUGCACAACAACAAUGCAGUGAACAAGCGUCCCAUGAAAGCUGAGGCUACGCUGAUGAACCCUCAGGACAACAUCAUUGCUCUCAAAGCAGCAUCAGAAGGACAACCAGGGCAUUUUGUGCAGAUCUUCAAUCUUGACACAAAGGAAAAGCUUGGGGUGUAUCAGUGCCCAGAGCAGAUUGUCUUCUGGCGUUGGUUGGCGCCCAGAAUGUUGGCACUGGUGUGCGCUCAGGAUGUCUACCAUUGGAACCUGGCCACAGCAAACAGCCAGCCGGAGAAGAUCUUUCAGCGUGCCGGCAAAUUGGCCGAAGCUGGCACCCAGAUUAUUAACUACUCCGCGAAUAGCCAGGUGUCUUGGUGCCUUUUGACAGGGAUCUCCUCACAGGACCAGGGAAGGACGAUUGAUGGCAAUAUGCAGCUUUACAGUGUAGAACGCAAGCAACAACAGCUCCUUGAGGGCCACGCAGGCUGCUUCGGGAACGUCUACGUUGACGAUGGUGGCGUGAGAUGUGGAGUUUUUGCAUUCCAAGAAAGGAAGGCUGGCCAGCCGGGAACGAAGCUGCACAUCAUGGACAUCCUCAAGAACCGUGGUGAGUCCGCACCACCCUUCAAGGUGCAGCAAGAAAUCGCCAUGCCUCCUGAAGCGCCCACGGACUUUGCAGUGGGCCUUCACCUGAGCGAAAAGCAUGGUGUCAUCUUCAUGGUGACAAAGGCUGGAUUCCUCUUCAUGUUCGACAUCGGCACAGGCACCAUGCUAGUCCGCUCCAGGGUGUCCCAGGAGACAGUCUUCAUUACUGUUGGUAGUGCCUUAAGUGGUGGCAUCAUCUUUGUGAACAAGCGGGGCGCGGUGAUGAGCGCCAAGGUGAACGAGGCUGCCAUCGUAAACUACAUCAUUAACCAGCUGGUGCAGAUUCCCAAUCGCCAGGACAUCGCCUUCAACAUGGCCAAGCGCUUUGGUCUUCCGGGCGCCGACGAGUUGUUCCAGCGGCAAUUCAACCAACUCUUCGCCUCUGGCGAUUACAAAGGUGCUGCCUUGAUUGCAGCACAGUGCAAGAGCGGCCUUUUGCGCACCCCGCAGACGAUCCAGCAGUUCAAGAGCGUGCAGGCUCCACCUGGACAGUCCUCACCGAUUUUGCACUACUUUUCCACCCUGUUGGAACAUAACAAGUUGAAUGCCUUGGAGUCCGUGGAGUUGGUGCGGCCGGUCGUGCAGCAAGGCCGGCGUGAGCUCAUUGAGAAGUGGCUUAAGGAAGACAAGCUGGAGUGCACUGAAGAAUUGGGCGACAUUGUGCGACCACUGGAGACCAAGUUCGCGCUGUCCAUCUACUUGAGAGCUCAGAUUCACCAGAAGGUGAUUCAAUGCUUCGUGGAGCUGGGCCAGAUCGAUCAGAUUGUCGCGUAUGUCAAGAGAGUUGGCUACCAGGCGGACUACACUCAGCUGCUUCAAAACAUGGUGGCCUCCAAUCCAGAGGGUGCGACGAACUUCGCGAAGAGCCUCCUGGAGGGCCAGAACGGCGUGCCACUCAUCGAUAUCAAUCAGGUUGUGAAGGUCUUCAUGGACCAGAACAGGUUGCAGGAGACCACGUCUAUCCUGCUCGAUGCUCUCAAGGCCAACAAGCCAGACCAAGCCCAUUUGCAGACGCAGCUGCUGGCCAUGAACCUUCAGCAGGCACCAAAGGUGGCCGAGGCCAUCCUGCAGAUGAACAUGUUCACCCACUACGACCGGGCUUACAUCGGCCAGCUUUGCGAGAAAGCCGGUCUCAUGCAAUGGGCCAUGGAACACUACACUGAUGGAGCUGAUUUGAAGCGUGUCAUGAUGCAUGCACAUCAGAUGACGCCAGAGUUCUUGAUUCAGUACUUUUCGCGCUUGUCGCCGGAGACUGCCCUCGAGUGCCUCACGGAUUUGAUGCGACACAAUCGCCAGAACCUGCAGGUGGCAGUCAAGGUGGCUAUCCAGUAUCACGAGCAGAUUGGUGCGGUGAAGAUCGUGGAGAUGUUUGAAAGCUUUGGCUCCAAUGAAGGCAUUUUCUACUUCCUCGGUGCGAUUUUGAACACCAGCACCGACCCUGACGUGCAUUUCAAAUAUAUCCAGGCAGCUAGCCGAGUGGGCAACAUGCAGGAGGUUGAGCGAGUCUGCCGCGAGUCCCAAGUUUAUGACCCAACCGCGGUGAAAAACUUCCUCAAGGAGGCCAAGUUGCCAGACCCUCGACCCUUGAUCUAUGUCUGCGACCUGCAUGACUUCGUGGAGGAGCUGACAGACUACCUUUACAAGAACUCACUGAUGAAGUACAUCGAGGUCUACGUGGUGAAGGUGAACCCUUUGAAGUGCCCACAGGUGAUUGGAAGCCUCAUUGACUUGGAUUGCUCCGAAGACUUCAUCAAGACCCUGCUGCAGAAUGUUCGCGCUGCCUGCCCAGCGGAGCCAUUGGUGGAGCAGAUUGAGAAGAGGAACCGCCUGCGGCUGUUGUUGCCAUGGCUUGAGGCCCGUGUGGCAGAGGGCAACCAGGAUCCUCACCUGCACAACGCCAUGGCGAAGAUUCUCAUCGACACCAAUCGUGAUCCGGAGAACUUCUUGAAGACCAAUGCAUUCUACGACUCCAAGAUCGUGGGCAAGUACUGUGAGGAUCGUGACCCGCACCUGGCCUACACAGCCUACAAGCGUGCUUGGGGCUCCUGUGAUGAGCAACUGGUGGACGUCACCAACCGCAACGGCCUCUUCCGUCUGCAAGCCAGGUAUUUGGUGGAGCGCCAAAGCCCAGACCUUUGGGCCUUGGUUCUGACGCCUGACAACCAGGCUGAGAGAUCAACUUGCCACCUAGAUCAUUCACGUGUGGAGGCCAUCGCUACUAGGGUGGAGUACCGGCGCAAUGUCAUCGACCAAGUGGUGAGCACAGCCUUGCCGGAGUCCACCAAUGCAGAUGAGGUCUCGGCGACUGUGAAAGCAUUCAUUAGCGCGGAUCUGCCCACUGAACUGAUCGAGCUGUUGGAAAAGAUUGUCCUCCAUAACUCAGACUUCAGUAAGAACCGGAACUUGCAGAACUUGUUGGUUCUCACGGCUAUCAAAGCCGACAAGGCCCGGGUCAUGGACUACAUCAACCGUUUGGACAACUACGAUGGCCCAGAGAUUGCAAAGAUUGCAUUGGGCGAUCCGUAUGGCCUGUACGAGGAGGCCUUCCUCAUCUACAAGAAGUGUGGGCAAAAUGCCGAAGCCAUGGAUGUGCUGCUGGAGAACAUCAACUCCUUGGAGAGGGCGCAAGAGUUUGCCGCACGAAUCAAUGACAAGACUGUUUGGUACAAAUUGGGCAAAGCACAGCUGGAAACUGGCGGUGUGCCAGAGUCUGUGGACUCCUACUUGAAGUCAGAAGAUGCGACUGACUACCUGGAAGUGAUCCAGGCUGCAGAGCGUGAGGAGAACUACGAGGAGCUGGUGAGAUAUCUGAUGAUGGCCCGGACAAAGGUGAAGGAUUCACAGAUUGAUGGUGAGCUGGUGUACGCGUAUGCGAAGACGGAGCGCCUGGGCGAAAUGGAAGAGUUUAUCAGUGGCACCAACACGGCCAACAUCCAAGCAGUGGGCGAUCGUCUUUAUGAUGAGAAAUUCUACAAGGCAGCCAAGAUCCUUUAUGCCUCCAUCCCGAACAAUGGGCGCUUGGCCUCAUGCCAUGUGCAGCUGGGAGAGUACACACAGGCUGUUGAGGCAGCGAAGAAGGCAAACAAUCCGAAGACUUGGCAGGAGGUGAACCUGGCCUGUGUCAAGGCGGAGCAGUUCCGCUGUGCAGAGAUUGCGGGUCAGCACAUCAUCGUUCACCCGGAUCACCUGGAGGAGGUCAUCUCGCAGUACGAGAAGCAGGGAUGCUUCGAUGCCUUAAUGCAGCUGCUGGAGUCCGGCCUGGGCAACGAGCGUGCCCAUGUUGGUAUGUACACUGAGCUGGCAACGAUGUAUGCGAAGUACAAGCCAAAGAUGCUGAUGGACUUCAUCAAGAUGAACGUGCAGAAGUUGAACAUUCCCAAGUUGAUCCAUGCCUGCGAAAGGCACUAUCACUGGGAACAUGCCGUGUUCCUCUACACGCACUAUGACGAGUACGACCAAGCAGCGAACACGAUGAUGGCUCACAGCCCAAUUGCCUUUGCUCAUGACCAGUUCCUGAUGAUCAUGCAGAAGGUGUCGAAUAUGGAGUUGUACUACCGUGCAGUCCAAUUCUACUUGGAUGAGCAGCCACUGCAGUUGAACUCCCUAUUGAGCACCAUCACUCCAAAGGUGGAUCAUGCACGAGUGGUCCAGCAGGUGAAGAAAGCGGGCCAGUUGCCGCUGAUCAUGCCCUACAUGAAGCAGGUGCAACAGCACAACAUUGCACCUGUGAAUGAGGCCAUCAAUGACAUCUACGUGGAUGGCGAACAGUACGAGGAGCUGAGGCAGAGUAUCGAGGAGUUUGACAACUUCGACCAGAUUGCUCUCGCUCAAAAGCUGGAGAAGCAUGAACUGAUCGAGAUGCGUCGCAUUGCCACCCUGGUCUACCAGAAGAACAAGCGCUACAAGCAGGCUAUCGAGCUUGCUCAGCAUGACAAGAUGUACAAGGACUGCAUGGACAGCGCCAUGGCAAGUGGAAAUCAAGAUUUGGCUGAAGGCCUGUUAAAGUACUUCGUCGAAAAGGAGAUGAAGGAAUGCUUUGCGGCAUGCUUGUACACAUGCUACGACCUCAUUCGCCCGGAUAUCGCCCUCGAGCUGGCCUGGAAGAGCCGAAACAUGGACUUUGCCAUGCCCUACCUGAUCCAGGUGAUGCGAGAAUACACCGAUCGAGUGAAUGCACUGGACAAGAAAACGCAGAAAAAGGAAGAAGAGGAGGAGAAGCAAAAGAGCGCUCCUAAUGACUAUGUGCCGGAUUACAUGAUGCCGACCAUGGGACCAGGACUCACUGGCUUCGGGAACUUAGCGCUGACCAGUGGUCCGGCCAACAUGCAGCCCAUGAUGGGUAACACUAUGAACAUGGGCAUGCAGCCCCAGCCUGGUAUGCAGCCAAGCAUGAUGAUGACUCCAAACAUGGGCGGCUUUUGAGUUGCGCGGGCAACCACUAGACCCUGCAACGCUUGACUGACGCCAAAUCGGUGCUCGGGGGCGGGGCAGAGUCUCCGCCAAAUGGUCCACGAAAGAAACCCAUGAAAAUUGAGGAUUGU